GCAACUGUUAGUGGCCUGUCGAGGCCACUGCCACAACUCUGUCCAGAAAAAGGAGAUAUUUAAAGUAUCAUUUUCUUCUCCCUUGCUUGUGCCUAGCGUUUGUUAACUUCUGUCUUUAUGCAUCUGUUUCAAGACUUUCAUCAUGACUACAUGGAAGUUGAUGGAAAGAUUUAGGAGGUCAUGUUUUUUAAAGGUCAUCCGGGAGUCAUGUCACAAGGGAGUCAAAAUAAAUUAAUUAUAUACCUGUUGAUUAUAUUAAUUAUAUACCUUAUUAUAACUUAAAUGUCAUCAGAACCCAAAAUAUAAGCUUGUUUUAGUCCAUUGUUUGUAAACAAAGUAAUUGUAAACAAACACUGUAUUGUCUCAAAACAUUAAAACGAUAAUGUUUAUAUCAUGGAUGGUUAGUCCCUGCAUCCUUAGCUCUGUCAAUUUGAGAGUGGUUACUGGAUAUUUCUCCAGCCUCAUCCCUCAAUGUGUUUACCAAAGCAAUGGCAGAGCGACAGAAUUUUCUGGCAUGUUCUCGAUUUUCACAUGGGCUUUCUCUUCUGUUCAGGUAACAACCCAGUGGUAAUAAUUGUUUAUGAGGUUAGUGGCUGUUUCAGGUGGGUAAAUAUAGCAGGAGAAGGCUGCCCCAGCCGCCCUGCAGUCUGCUCUACCCAGGAGUUUGUGCAGCUCUGGCCCCAUCCUGCCGGCGAAGAUGAUUCACUGCGUUGUCAGAACGGGUGACACGUGCAAGGGAGUGGCCGACAGAAACGUGUUUCUCACCAUCUACAGAGACCUGGGAGACACGGGAAUGCAAACUCAGCAAGUCAGAGCAACAGCAAAAAGUUUGAAAGACGCCACCCCAGAGAGCUGUCGGUUGUCGUGCCGACAGAAGGCAUCAAGUACAUCUUCCAGUGUAAGUGCUGGUUGGCCAAGGACAGAGGCAAUGGUCUCAUCACAGACUGUUCAACAUACUAGACACCAACAUAAUCCGGAAGGUCCUGCCCCAGGUUGGCACCUGGAGUACAUCAAUGUGAUAGAUGAGACCAUGGGCCAGAAUUUCCGUUUCCCAUAUGACCCCUGGCUGGCCAAGCAUGUCGACGACGGGCCGAUCAUGAGAGAGCUGGCCUGCGCCAACAACUACAUCCUGGUCUUCAGUGACAAGACCAAUGAGUUAACCUCUGACCCUGAUGUAGGCUAGUGAUGACAUGACCCAAAGAUGUUAUAUGAAUGAUGUCCCACUGGGCACAGUUGUCAGUUCAAUGCCUCGUUUUGAUUUACAUUUGUUUGUCAAGUAAUGUGAAUUCAACAUAAAAUCCCUCCCAAAAUUCACCAUGUCAUUGGAUUUAGGUUAAAAGUUGGACAAAAAAAGACAAAAUGCCCUAACAUGGAUGACUUUUUGCUAAUCCAAUUAGUUUUACAAGUUGAUUCAAUGUUGGGGUGAAGUGAUGUGGAAACAAUGUUGAAUCAACCAGUUUAUUCCCAUUGGGGUACCACUCAGACCGUUUGCUAUUGAACAACAAUUGUCUGGGGUGAAAAAAAAGAAAAAGAAAUGAGGUAAAACUGAUUUAAGUUGCCCUGCAUUAAAGUCCCCGGCCACUAGGAGCGCCGCCUCUGGAUGAGCGUUUUCCUGUUUGCUUA